AUGAAGUUGGCCCUACUAGUUCAUAUAGCGAGCAUGCUGCAAUACGGUAAUGCUGCCUGCGGCCUUGACGGAUGUUCGCAGUGGUUUCUGAGGGUGAAGCAUUACGACACUCUUACUCCUGGAAAUAAUGAGCCAUACUGUCAGGCAUUGACCACAUACUUGAGAUGUCUAAACGAGACCACUCUUGCUUGUCGUGGCAACCUUCAAUUCUACACAAAUCUUUUUGCUAUGCGAAAACAGUUUCGAGAGUUCGGUUGCGCUUCAUAUAAACAAAGAGAAGAGCAAACCAGCAUCACUAACUUUCUACCGAGAGUAUCACAAGCACUGAUGAGAAUGUGCACAUUGUUUGGUGAUCCACAUCUUAUACGAUUUGAUGGCACAAUGCAGUCAUGCACAGAAGAAGGAGCACGAUCAUUUGUGGACAAUCGGCAUUUCCUUAUCCAAGUCACAAACUCGAACGUUCGAAAUCAAGCUCAUACAACCGCUGUGAACAAAAUCACCCUUCUGAUUCGCAAUCACAACUGCACACCAUCGCUACGCUACGAAGCCGCUUCGGACGAGGAAACGCUUCCUAUUUCAUUUGUUGAUGGAGUCAGAAGCCACGUGACGGACGAUCAUCGCAAAAAAAACCACCCUAAAUAUUGCCCAAAGUGCUAUGCACGAAAAAAACUGCACGUCCGAUUACGGCUUGCCAUCGAACGAUGCAAAACUGUUAAUGCCACCGACCGCUAUUUUGACGCGUGUGUCUUCGAUCUCAUGCUCACAGGAGAUGAGUACUUGGUGGCAAUGGCACGUGAUGCACAAACCGAUCAGAAGACACUAAUGCCGGACCAGUGGUAUCCAUCUGGACGGCAAAAUAUUUCCGUUUAUAAACAUCACGUGAACUCUACGUUCCCUAAUUGCUUACCUUCUUCCUCAAACCUCUACAACUGGCAUCUUACUUAUUUCUUCUUACUUGUGGCAUACAUAUUGCUCCACGGUCAGCACUAA